CCGGAAGUAGUUCUAGGCGGUUCUGUCAACAUAGCUAGCCUGCUUAGAUAAACCUUACUCAAAAGCAUUGUAGCUAGAGUUAUUUACAAAUAUAUCUUCUAUAUACUUGGCGUAGACUAUUUCCAUCCUGUGAUAACGUAGAUAUGGAACUAUUAAACCAGACAGACGUGAAGUUACAAACGACAAGUUAAGCUAACAUUAUUAGCUAGCUAAGUACCGUUAGCUAGCUCAGUAUGCUAUGCUAACUUAGCCUGCUAUCUAUUUUUGCGAAAUAGCUGUGAUUUCUCAUAGCAAAGCAACAUUUGAACUGAUUGCUUGCUACAGCCAGAGAACAACAUUUUCUCGGCAAUUUUGUUGUUGUUGCUUUGGCUCACACAAUGUAUGAGGAUUUUGAUGAACCCCAGUCAAAUCUACUGGUUCCUGACUGUAUCCAUGGUGACCAGAGCACAAGCGGUCCAGAGAUGGUUCCUAGGAGCCUUGACUACUUCAGGGACUUUCUAAGAUUGAGAGGAGAGACAGGAGAGAGUUCCAGCCGUCACUCUGACAGUGAGGGGACAAGUUCUACCUCAGGAGAACCUGAACGACAGGAGGACAAUCACACAGCCAAGAACACACACAGCUGCAGAGAGUGUGGAGAGGAGUUCCCUACCCAGCAUUAUCUAAGAAAACAUCGUAACACAACACACACAGGAGAGAAGAAGACCAGUCCCAAACCCAGGAAGAGCUACAGCUGCCUGGACUGUGGGAAGGAGUUCCCAUGUCCAUCUAAACUACAACGACACCUUCUGACUCACACAGGAGAGAGGCCCUGCUUCUGUUCUGACUGUGGGAAGAGUUUCACUCGGGAGGAACAUCUGAAGACACACCAGCGGUUCCACUGUUCUAAUGGGGAGGGCAGUCCCUCUAUAUCGGGAGAUCCUGAACAGGCAAAGAACUGCUGCCUGGAGUGUGGAAGAGAGUUCUCUAGUGCUUACAAACUACGCAGACACCUGCUGACACACACGGGGGAAAAGCCUCACUCCUGCUCCGUGUGUGGGAAGAGUUAUACUUAUCUACACACCUUGAAAUCACAUGAGCUGAAACACACCGGGGAGAAGUCUUACAAAUGUUCCGUGUGUGAGAAGAGCUUCAACCAAAAGGGAAAUUUGAACCAACACAUGCUAGUGCACACUGGUGAGAAACCUUUCUCCUGCUCUGUCUGUGGCAAGUGCUUCACCCAGAAAGCCAACCUGACUGCCCACCAGCUCUCCCACACAGGAGAGAAGCCUUUCUCCUGUUCCAUCUGUAGGAAGGGCUUCACUCAGAAAGCAUAUCUGAAACAACACCAGAAACUGCACACUGGAGAGAAGCCUUACGCCUGCUCCGAGUGUGACAAGAGAUUUACCUUCUGUACAUCCUUGAAAAGACACCAGCUGCAACACACAGGAGAGAAACCGGACUUGCUAAAUUUGAAAGAAAUACACCAACAGUCACACGGCAAAAAAGUUGAAAGUCUGUCUGCAUCAGCAGCAGAACCUGAACAACACCAGGAGAAUCACAAAAGUAAGACGUCGUCUCACUGCUGCUCAGAAUGUGGGAAACAUUUCAAAACUUCAUCAUCUCUACAGAUCCACAUGAGAAUCCACACAGGAAAGAAGCCAUACCCCUGCCCCGACUGUGGGAAGAAUUUUGCUACAAAAGGAAGUUUGAAUUUGCACCAGCGGUCACACACAACAGAAGCAGAGAAACCCAUCCACUGUGAGGAGGAGAGCACAUCACAGGGGCAGGAGAUGGUAUCUGAUAACCUACAGGACCUCUGUCAAACACUGGGGCUGAAGGCUAAAGUCGAGGAGAAGGACGAGGUGGAGGAGGAUGGAGAAGAGGCGACGGAUAAUGCAGAGGAAGUUGGAGGGCUGAUUAAUUCUGAUGGAGAAGAAGUUGACUGGGAUUCUGUUCAACAUAGAGAAGGUCCUGUCCAUGGCUCUGGUAGUGAAGGAGGAAGUUCCCCUACAUCACACAUCAACAAGGAUCCUGGGGCUCAAUCGGGGUCGACAGAGUCCCUGGGUCCUGACCGAAGACAUGAGGAGGACAUCACUCAAACACCUGGGAUGAACAUUCAUAUUGAAGAAGAGGAGGAGGAGGAAGAAGAGGAGGAGGAAGAAGAAGAGGAGGAGGAAGAAGAGGAGGAGGAAGAGUGGGAGGUGGAAGAGGAAGAAGAGGGUGAAGAUGAAGAAGAGGAGGAGGAAGGGGAGGAAGAGGAAGUUGGUGAUCUGUUGAAUUCUGUAGUAGAACAAGCUUCCUGGGAUACUCCUCAUCUUGGAAUGAGUCCUAACUCCUGCCACGGUAGUGAGGGAACGACCUCAACACCAGGAGCACUGGAGCAACAACACCAGGAGAAAGAGAAGACACAGGGGACCAAACGGAAGAAGAGUCCAGAACGAAAGCAGCCGAAGAAAGAAGAGAAACCGAAGAAGGAGAAGAAACCGAAGAAGGAGAAGAAAGCUAAGAUGACCCACCGCUGCUUUAAAUGUGGAGAGGGAUUCUCCCGUAUCUACGACAUGCUCUUACACCAGACCAUUCAUAUAGAUGGAACUACCAUGUUCAAAACUAAGAAGGUUCACCGCUGCUUAACGUGUGGUUACGAAGCAUCCGAUGCACAUAAACUGAUGAUGCACGAGCGGAUACACACGGGAGAGAAGCCUUUCCAGUGCUCUGUGUGUGGGAAGAGAUUCGCUCAGAAAGGAAAUCUGAAAAUACACCAGAGUGUGCACAAAGGAGAAGUCAGGAAUCCCAGUUUCUGGCCUGACAUUGUGGAGAGGCUUCCUACAAUAGGUGUCCCGGACCAAUACCAUGACAACCAUACAGCUAAGCCAAUAGGAGUUCUGGAUCAAUACCAUGACAACCACACAGCUAAGCCAAUAGGAGUCCUGGACCAAUACCAUGACAACCACACAGCUAAGCCAAUAGGAGUCCUGGACCAAUACAAUGACAACCGCAUAGCUAAGCCAAUAGGAGUCCUGGACCAAUACCAUGACAACCGCACAGCUAAGCCAAUAGGAGAGGAAUGCCAAACUCCAACUCUACAGAUACACAUGAGAACUCACACUGUAGAGAACCAGUCUAAUCCACAGUGCCCUCUCUGCGGGGCAGAGUUCUCUCAAAAAGGCCUUCUGGAUGAUCACCUGGUGAUCGCCCACUCCCAUGAGAAACCAGAGAAACCUUACCCCUGUCCAGACUGUGGGAAGAGAUUCUCCAGCAAGAGUUACAUCAAGAUCCACCGGAAGAUCCACAGUGGGAAGAUCUCUUACCACUGCGUCCAGUGUGAUAAGACUUUCCUGUCAGCGGAGGGGCUCAAGAAGCACGAGAGUGCUCACCGAGGAGAGAGGCCGUACCGAUGCCCUGCGUGUGGCAAGUGUUUCAAACAACAAUCCCAGCUGACCUGUCACUUCAAGAUCCACACCGGAGAGAGGAGCCAUCUCUGCUUCCUGUGUGGGAAGAGUUUCGCAAGAGAGUUUGACCUCAGGGUGCAUCUCAGAGUCCACUCUGGAGAGAAGCCCUACCAGUGCCAUGAGUGUGGCAAGAGCUACAGGUACAGAGCAGGCAUCCGGUCACACAUGCAGCAGAUGCACCCUGGGAAGCCUAUAGUGGAACCAACCCCACCCAUCCCCACAGGCCCUCGCUACGGCAGUGGAGGAAGUGGUCUUCCAACAUCCCUUAUCAGAAAGGAUCCUGGUGACCAAUCCAGCCCUAAAGCUAUAGAGUCCCAGGGUCCUGAUCCAAGCCAUGGCAGCAAGGCAUCCAGUCAUACACCUCGGUUGAAGGCCAGAGCUGAAGAAGAGGAGGAAGAGGAGGAAGAAGAAGAAGAGGAAGAGGUGAACGUUGAUGGUUCGGGUAAUUCUGAAGAAGACGACGCCAGUUGGAAACCUGCUCUUCGUCUUGCCAAGACCGGUGGCGGUGGUCCCUCUUCAUCAGGAGGACAGAGAAAACACCGGAAGAAACAACAGGUCAAACGGAAAACCAGAGUCAAAGAAGGCAAACAGAAGCAACCCAAAGCCAAGAGGUUUAACAACCGUCGCUGCUUUAAAUGUGGAGAGGGAUUCCCCCGGGAAUAUGAGCUGUUGCUACACCUGCAGACACAUCUAGAUUACAACUGCUACGUGUGUGGAGCACCGUUCAACAACAAAGAGCUGCUGCAGAGACAUCAGGAAGAGCACACCGAGGAGAGUCUGGGUGUGUUCUCUGGUGAGGCAGCAGGUCCAACUACAGGACAGCAGCUGGGGAGAGGGAAGAGGACUCACCGAUGUCCAACCUGUGGCAAAGAACUAUCCGACGCGUCCAAGCUGAAGUUACACGUGAGAAUCCACACCGGGGAGAAACCUUACUGUUGCUCCCUGUGUGGAAAGGGUUUCACUCAGCCAGGGAACCUGAAAACACACAUGAAAACACACAGAGAUGGGAACCCUAGUUUGUUGUCUGCUGGUGGGUUAGCUCCCUCUACAUCAAGAGGUCCUGAACACCACCGGGAGAAUCACACCGUCGCCGCAGCAGCAGUUCAGGAGAACUUCAACCGUCCAGAUCUAUCGUCAGUACAGAAACACAUGACGUCUCAGGACAGCGGAGAGAAGUCCUCUUUCUUCUGCGCGCUGUGUGGGGAGGAGUUCUCUGAGAAGGCACAGUUAGAAGAACACCGGUUGGCUCACAACAACAAGAAGCCUUUCCCCUGCCCUGACUGUGGCAAGAGGUUCCGCAGUAAUUACUACGUUAAGAUCCACAUGCGAAUGCACACCGGGGAGAGGCCUUACCAAUGCGCUGAGUGUGGGAAGGGCUUCAUCACAGAAGAAGGGCUGAAGAAGCACGAGAGCGCUCACCGGGGAGAGAGACCCCACCUCUGCCCCGAGUGCGGAAAGAGAUUCAAGCAACAGUCCCAACUUACAUGUCACUUCCGUAUGCACACUGGACAGAAGAGCCACCUCUGCUCCGUCUGUGGGAAGAGUUACUUCAGAGAAUUUGACCUCAAGGUUCACCUCAGAGUCCACACGGGAGAGAAGCCCCAUCAGUGUGAGGAGUGUGGGAAGAGUUUCUACUAUCUACAGGGACUCCGGCAGCACCAGAGGACCCACGCUCCCAAGCCCAUCGGACCGACCCGCCAGCUAGGCAGGCCUAAGCAGUCGUCCAGCGCGGACAGCAUGGACAUACCAAACCAAUCACCCAGGACGGGAAGGCCCAGGCCAGCUCCUAGAGUAGAGAGACCCGUGCCUCUACCCAGAGUGGAGAGACCCAUGCCUCUAGGCCUACCUAGAGUUGAGAGUGAUCUGGAGAGACCUCACUGGCAGUACUGGCACCUUUAAAUGGGACAUUUUCAAUUUUUGUUGUUGUUUGAACUAGAGGUCGACCGACUAUGAUUUUUCAACGCCGAUACCGAUUAUUGGAGGACCAAAACAAGCCGAUACCAA